GCGGCUGCGGCGGCCCCGAGCGCGGGGCAGCGGCGCCGGCGCCCGGCUGGAGCGGCCCCGCCGCGCCCGAGGCACCGGCCCUGGAGGCGCUGGCCAUCGGCCCCGGAGGCAGCGGCCGGACCCGAAGAUGAAAUCCUCUGACAUCGACCAAGAAUUGUUCACUGAAAGUUACUGCAAGGUGUGCAGUGCCCAGCUGAUCUCCGAGUCCCAGCGUGUGGCCCACUACGAGAGUCGGAAGCAUGCCAGCAAAGUCCGCCUGUACUACAUGCUUCACCCCGUGGAUGGAGGCUGCCCGGCCAAAAAGCUGCGCUCAGAAAAUGGCAGUGAUGGUGACUCAGUGGAUAAGAACAAAUGCUGCACACUAUGUAACAUGUCCUUUACCUCAGCAGUGGUGGCAGAAUCUCAUUACCAAGGGAAAAUCCAUGCCAAAAGGUUAAAACUGUUGCUAGGGGAGCAACCAGCACUGAAGGCCACAGAGGCUGCUCUGGGCCCGCUGAAGCCGGCGCACACGGAGAGCACCGCGGCCGUGCCGCCGCCGCCGCAGCGCCGGGACUCGGACAGGUACUGCCAGCUCUGCACAGCCUGGUUCAACAACCCCCUGAUGGCACAGCAGCACUACGAGGGCAAAAAGCACAAGAAGAACGCGGCCAGGGCCGACCUCCUGGAGCAGCUGGGGAAGACCCUGGACCUGGGGGAGCUGCGAGGCCUGAAGCGCAGCUACACCUGCAACAUCUGCAACGUCACCCUGAACUCCAUAGAGCAGUACCAUGCACACCUGAAGGGCUCCAAACACCAGACCAACCUGAAGAACCAAUAGUGGCUCAUCAGUGGAGAAGAGGACAAGCACUAAUGCUGCUUCUGUGGAAGGGAGCAGGUCAGCAGGAGAGGAAGCUUUCUUGGACAGUGAUCCUAUGUGGAUUCAAUAAUUAACAUGUAACUAACCUUUGCUUUGGACAAGUACAUGGAUUUUUUUUUUUUAAUUUUGUGGUGAGUUAAAAUAUUUCGAUGGAUUUUUUUACCCUUUCAAGACAAUAUUUAUUCAGCACAGAGUCUAGAGUAUGAUAACUAUCCUGUAAAUACAGCACUUACUCAUCAGUCAUCAUCUUCAGGGACAGUGGAAACAAACUAUUUUACUUUUUCAUAUUUAUUCCUAGAUUUCUCCCAAGAGUAUAAGAUUAUUCUACUGCAUUAUCCAUGAUAGUGAUGUAAUCAGUCUUCAAUCAGAAAUAAACACACUUUCUUCACCUUC